AUGACAGGAGAUAUAUGCCUCGUGACAGGUGCAAGUGGCUUUGUGGCCAGUCAUGUUGUCCAACAAUUGCUCGAAAGCGGCUACCAGGUCCGCGCGACGGUUCGCAGUAUAAAGAACGAGAAAAAGGUCAAGCAUCUGCUCGACAUGCAGGCCAAAUGGCCCGGGAAGUUGACUUUGUUUGAGGCGGACCUCCUGAAGGCAGGGUCGUUCGACGUCCCAGCCAAGGGCUGUUCGGUGGUAUAUCAUAUUGCCUCACCCUUUUUCAUCGAGAGUCGCAUCCGUGACGGCCAGAAAGAGGUGAUUGAGCCGGCUCUCAAAGGAACACAACAUGUUCUCGAUGCGGUCCAGAAAUGCGACACAAUCAAACUGGUCGUCGUCACAUCAUCCGUAGCGGCCAUCUUUGGGGACAACGCAGAUGUGCAAGGUAUGAAGGAUAACACACUCUCCAGCGAGUAUUACAAUACCACCAGUACCGUCACACACAAUGCCUACUCUUAUUCCAAAGUGAUUGCGGAGAAGGAGGCGUGGAAAUACUACGAGACACAACCGAACCCUCGGCGCUGGAGAUUGGUGACAAUCAACCCUGGACUGGUUUUGGGCCCGUCGCUCUCUCCCACUUCAGAAUCCGGCAGUUUGUCUCUACUUGAUCAGCUGCUCCGUGGCGAAUUGUUUUUGGGGGUUCCAGACCUGUGGUUUGCUACUGUCGAUGUCCGAGAGGUUGCUACGGCUCACCUUCGAGUCGCCCAAACCCCAGAUUCGCACGGUCGGUAUAUCUUGGCCGACAAAGAUAUGCACAGCUUCGUGGAGUUGGCUCGCAUCCUACGCUCACUUGCUCACUCCAGCCGGAUUCCAGAACAUAAGCUUCCAAAUUCAUUGGUACGUUUGUGCGGACCGUUACUCGGCUUAAGCCAAAAGUGGCUGAAAUUGAAUCUGGGUGUCAAAUUCGAUAUAGACAAUAACUCUAGUUUGGAGGAGUUAAAGAUCGCUUACCGACCGUUGGAGGAGACAUUAGCAGACCAUCUUCACUCUUGGACUGCGCAGAGGAAGGCGCAUUAA